GGGAAGAACUCUGGACUGAAUUCUUUUACGGAUAGCAAUGGCCACCGAAUUCAGUCAAGACGCGGUGUUGAAAUUUAUCUGCAGUAAUAAUGGGAGAGUGAAAAAUGCGGACCUUCUAACGCACUUUAGACCAUUCCUUCGGGACGAUGAAAACAGGACGCAGAACAGAGACUUGUUCAAAAGGUUCGUGAAUACCGUGGCUGUCGUGAAGCAAGAAGGAGGAGUGUCUUUUGUCGUGCUGAAAAAAAGAUAUAUGGGUCUGGUCAGAGACGUCGGAGCUGCCCCCUCACCAAAGACACUUUGCGAAAGAACUGAAAAACCGAGGCCAAAAGAAGUCUCUCGGCCAGAGAGCUCGCACAGAAAGCGAGAGAAAGGUCAGGCUGAUAGUCAACCCGAUUUAAAAGUAAAAGGUAAGACGUCAUCUCACGUUGACCGUUUGAACACGGUUCAGAGUUCUGAUAAAGUACUACCAGCUGCUGGAAUUGUAAAUAAUAACUCAUUGAAUGUUAAUUUUGAUAACAACUCCAAAAAUUUGCCACCUUAUACGUCUAAUCAGACAGCGCUCCAAGAAAGUACAAGUAGCCUCCCUUGCACUUUGAAACCAUCCCAUCUCAAUUUACAAUCUGAAGAGUCAAAUGGGAGUGGUGAGAGUUAUCAACAAGUAUUAGCUCAUAGCUCUGAACGUGAAGCUGUUUUUCACCCGUCGCAAAGGCCUGCUCUGACAGGUGGUGCAAAUGAUAAUAUUUGUGAACUGAGACAGUCUGACGAGCCCUACAGACAAAAUAAGGCGUUAUGCUUGUCACCAGAUGAUCCAUGCAAUAAGAACAAAGUAAUCGUUCCUGAAGAUGUUCAUGAGAGUAAUGUCCCAAGGAAGCUUAGCCAUGAAAGUCAGCAGAAGGUCUCUGAUUCAGCAAGCGCAGUGCGGCCUUUGUACACCUCGCAAGGAAGUGCUGCUAGGAUGUCGACUUCCACUCCCUGUCUGUUGGCUUGCUCUGAAUCUCCAACUCCCCUGCCUGAUUAUCAGUUAAUAACCCGUAGCAAUGGCAGCCUACCGGGGCCAAAGGAUGGCCCGGGGUUUGAGCCAAAGGUGGACGGCGGAGAAGCAGCUCCGUUCAGCCCACAGCCGCUGCGCCACAGCCUACCGCUGGAGAACACCAGGAGCCACGCUGCCACCAGGGCCACAGAGUGCCACCAGGCUGGGCUGUCCGUCAGCCACGGCGACCUCCUCACGCCCGCCCGUGAGGACGCAGCCUGGCCCCGGGGCGCGCCCAGGGAGGAGUGGGCCAGCGACGAGGGCCUCAACUACAGGGGCCUGUCGAGCGAGUGCGGGGACAAGGUGCAGGAGAUGCUCCAUCGCGCCCAAGAGGCCAAGAUGCUCUCCCUACUGCACCGCGCCGAGCGCAACGUGACCCCCCUGCACCACUCCAUGGGUGACCUGGACAGCCAGGACCCCGGCGCCGCCCGAACCGGCUCGGGGAGCGCCACCCCCGUCCCGCUGCGACACGGCGCCCGGAGAACCUGCAGCAGGCUCCGCAGCAGAAUGUGCCGGAGCCUGGGCGCGGACCUGGACCAGCCCUUCUACGAUGACGCAGUUUCGGCACGCCUCAACCGGCUGCAGCUGCUGUCUUCCUCGCUCAGCAUCCACUACCCCCUGUCCCUGCCCUCGCGGACCCACAGCUACAGGGAUGUCUCCUCGCUCGACAUCCCUGGGGGCCAGAGCCACCCCCCCGGCGAGGGCCACUAUUUCCCAAGGAGCUCGAUGGUGCCGCUGGAGCCCAAAGAGCACAGCUGGCUGGUCAAGGCGGCCGCCGGCACGUGGCCCGAGAUAUACGCCCUGUUCCGGGAGGAGCCCAGCCUGCUGGACAAGAGGGACUUCAUCUCCGGCUACACCGUUCUGCACUGGAUCGCCAAGCACGGGGACCACCGGGUGCUGAACACGCUGUGGUACGGCGUCAGCAAGCUGGGGAUGAAGCUCGACGUGGACGCCAAGACCACCUGCGGCUACACGCCGCUGCACCUCGCCGCCAUCCACGGGCACAAGAAGCUCAUCCGCCUGCUGGUGCACAAGUUCAAAGCCAACGUGGCCCUGAGGGACACCAGCGGGAAAAAGCCGUGGCAGUACGUCAGCAAGGGCGGCCCGAGGGACAUCCUGCAGCUGCUUGGGGCGCCGCUCCGCGUGACCGGCGGCGGGGCCGCCCUGCAGCAGGCUCCCUCGGAGGAGAAGCUGACAGCGCGCCCGGUCACCAUGUCCCCCACGGUGAAGAGGCAGUCGUCGAUCGCGGCGUUCCUCAAGCACAAGUCUUUGCUGAGGGUGCCGGCUCACUCCGAGUCCUUUGUGUGA